AUGAAUUUUAUUAACCACAUACCCAUAGGAGGCCAUAUCAAAGGCGGUUUACAUCUCCUUUGUGGAGAUGAGGAGGAAGGAAUCAAGUCUUUGAAAGCAGCAAAUAGAGCCUCGUUCGUAACGGGUGGGGCAAUUGUUGGUAGCGUAUUUGGACCGGCAGGGGCGGCCGGCGGCGCCGCAAUUGGAGGCACAAUUAUGGAUACUGUUCAUUCCUGUGCCGGUGAUCGUAGUGAAGGUGUCAUUCGGGCAGGAGAACGUGUGAUAACAGACGUCGAAAAAGGCAGAGUUCCCAUACGGUCGACUUUGAAUGUUGGAGUUUAUCUUGGCGCAGAUGCUAUCAGCGGACUAGGUGCCAAUCGCGUGCUACCGCGAACAGGAGGUGUCCGUAUCCAUCCUAUGUAA